AUGCCAGUGAAUAGGUUUAGUUGGUUGUUAUCACAUUUACAUCUGAACGACAAUUCCGCAGUAUACAAUCCAAAUAGAAUAGUAGCUAUAGAUGAAUCAAUGAUAAAAUUUAAAGGCCGUCAUUCAUCAAAACAAUAUAUGCCUAAAAAACCCAUAAAAAGAGGAUAUAAAGUAUGGGCUUUGGCAGACAAUUAUCCGCUUAUGUCGUACUUGAAAUCAAAUGGGAUUUAUGCUUGUGGAACAGUAAACAUGACAAGAAAACAUUUACCACAGCUAAAAGAUAACAAGUCCUUAAAACAAGGAGAAUAUGAUUGGAAUACCGAUCAAUUUUCAAUAUCAAUUAUUAAAUGGAAAGAUAAACGAUCAGUUAGUCUUUUAUCUAAUUUCCAUAAUCCAACUGACACUGAUAUUGUACCUACUAGAGCUAAAGACGGAACUUUGACAAUGAUACCUUGCCCGAAAGUUUUAAAAGACCAUAAUGAAAACAUGAAUUGGGUCGAUAAAUUAAAUCAAAACAAAAAGUCCUGCCAAAUUGACUGCAAAAGCCAAAAAUGGUGGCACCGUAUAUUUUUUCAUUUCAUCGAUAUAGCAGUUGUAAAUUCACAUGUUAUAUAUACAAAAUCCACUGGAACAACAAUAACUAUGAAAAACUUCCGACCACUAAAAAAAUCACCAGUGGAAAUUAUAAAACACAAGCCUUUUGUACCUGAGUCUCUUCGUUUGGAAAAAUCAGCUCAUCAACCGAAAAUAUCGAUAAGAAGAAGAUGUGCAAAAUGCAGCACAAGAGAAAAAGAAGUUAGAACUGAGUGGAUGUGUGCAGUAUGUAACGUUUCACUUUGCAUUACAAAAAACCGAAACUGUUUUGCUGAUCAUCAUAAGUAA